AUGUCGACCGAGCCAGCCUUCCUCCCGAGUCGCGACCUUCGCAAUCUGAAGACGCUCGACUUGACCUCAUCCGAAUGCAUCGAUAGCAUACACCGCAAUCUCGACAGUCUGGCUCAGCUGCUCGGCGCCAGCGGUGGCCAGAUCGUACAUGCGCCUCCGCAGAUCGUCCAGUCGGCCGAACAGCUGUGUGCAUCAUCCGAGCCUGCCGUCGAGCAUCCACCCAGGGAGAUUGAAUCCUUCGAGAGGACUUACGUCACUAGAUGGCUUUCCAGGCUCGUCUCCGAGUUCACCUUGACCUCUACCGACAAUGAGGCGGCCGCCUUACAAACAGAGCAACAGCUGCCGGACAAGUGUGCUGCGCUGCUUGCCAUAGCUGCCGGCAGAAUGGCCGCAGGUGCCUCGAUUCACAACCACGUCUUCCACCUCAACGACGGUCUACUUGAGGUUCAGCUCAGAGAUGGUGCGCUCGUUCACGACUCGCUCGGCACCCAUACCUGGGGAGCCGCUCCGAUACUCUCUCAGCUCCUUUUACCCCUCAAAGCGGACCCGAUUCGCGACUUUAAGCUACUCGAGCUUGGCGCCGGAACGGGUCUCGUUGGACUUGCCCUGGCAGCAUGGCUGCGCCGCACUCCAGGUGUGCGCCGUUCCCAGAUCUUCUGUACCGACUACCACCCUACCGUUCUCGAGAAUUUGGCGCAUAACAUCAUACUCAAUGGCUGGUCUAGCUCCGAAUCAAGUCUGCAGGAAGACAGAGAAGACCAUAAGACCGCCGUCUGCGUCACAGCCCGCUCUCUUGAUUGGCAAAGCGUACAUCAAGCGCUAAAUGGGCACACAUCUGGUCAAGCACAAGAAUUGACAUCACAAACCUUGCCUGACCAACACCUCUUUCCUGUAUCUGGCUCAAGCUGGGCUCAAAAAUUCGAUACAGAUGCCUAUUCAAACGCUUUCGAUACGCUCGUUGCUGCAGAUUGUGUGUAUGACCCUGUCCACCCCUUAUGGAUUUGUUCGGUAGCUAAGAAGCUCCUAAAGAAGCCACACGCCUCCUCUACUGACGAGCCACUGCUGCACGUGAUGGUCCCGCUGAGGCCGACGCAUCAGCAAGAGUUGCAGGCAGUUUACCAAGCUUUCCGAUCACAGCCAGGCUUGCCCGGUCCUCAGCUCAACAUUCUUUGCGAGAAAGAUUACCACGGCUACGAAAACUUUGGAGCGUGGAACGCAGUCGCCAGGUCCGACUCUGCGGCUCACAGUCAACCUGAGGGUGGUCUCGCAAGGACGUAUCGAUGGUUCCAGAUCGGCUGGCGCUAG